GUGGAGUUUUUUCACCUCGCGGGCAGGUGAAUAUUGAGCCAUGUUCAUGGUGAUGGUACCCUAUUCUGAGAGAAGGCUGGUGGACAGGGAUAUUCUGCGUUGUGGUCUGUUUAUGGUUGUCUACACUACACAGGUCAUGGGCUCCAGCCUGGACGAUUUGAUCCAGAAACGUGCUGAGUAUCAUGAGAACUGUACCAGAUCCCUGACAGCUACUUUCCCUACUGGAACUGGAUUGUUUUGCAAUGGUACAUUUGACAAGUUUGCCUGUUGGCCACAUUCAUCUCCUGGGAUAAUAUCGGUAUCCUGUCCUUCCUAUUUACCAUGGAUCAUAGAAGUUGCUACUGGAAAUGUGUACAAGGAAUGUACGGUCAAUGGGACCUGGAAGACUGAGGAGAAUUCAAGCAUUGUAUGGAGAAAUCAGUCAGAGUGUGAAAACCCUCAUUUUUUCAAGUCUGAGGAAGAAAAAGUAUUUCGGCAGUCUGUGCUGAGAGUCUUAUCCAUCGUAGGAUAUGCUCUGUCUUUUUCUUCCCUUUCAUUGGCUGUUGUGAUAAUGAGUCGCCUGAGGAAGUUACACUGUACAAGGAAUUACAUCCACAUGAACCUCUUUGUAUCAUUCAUACUUAGAGCAACGGCAGUAAUUACCAAAGAGGUUAUAUUUCAAGUUAUGUAUUCCAGUCUGCCCAAUGAUGAAAUUGGAUGGAACAGCUACACAAAUUCUGCGAUGUAUUUGAUCUGCAAGGCCUCAAAGGUGUCCAUGGAAUAUUUUGUGGGGUGCAAUUACUUCUGGCUCCUGGUGGAGGCAGUAUUUCUUCAUACACUGCUGUUCACUGAAGUGCUGGCCAGGAAAAGACUUCUCAAGACAUACAUGGUUAUAGGAUGGGGCACCCCAUUAUUAUUUGUGAUACCCUGGAGUGUAGCCAAAACUUUAUAUGAAAAUAAAGACUGUUGGUCCAAUGACAUCAGGUGGAUCUGGUGGAUAAUCAGAGGACCAAUAACAUUGUCUGUGAUUGUUAUUUUUUGCAUUUUUCUCAAAAUCAUUAAACUUCUGCUGUCAAAGUUAAAAGCAGAUCAAGUGAAAUUCACUGACUACAGAUACAGUUUAGCCAGAGCAACGCUUGUGCUGGUUCCUCUACUUGGAGUCCAUGAGAUUGUCUUUACCAUAAUUAUCGAUGAAUCAGUUGAGGGUAGCAACCGCUAUGUUCGGAACUUCAUCAAUCUAACCCUGAGCUCCUUCCAGGGUCUUGUUGUUGCGGUUCUGUACUGCUUUGCUAAUGGAGAGGUCCAGGCUGAGCUAAAAAAGAGGUGGCAGGUGUUUCUUUUUUCCAACCGCUUUGAGGUUGACAACUGCUUUGCAGACAUACAUCCCAAAUAUCUGUGGAAGUGUUCACAAAAGAACCCCAGACAAGCCACAGAGCAGAGUGAAUCAUACACGGAAGGAAACAACAUCCCCACACAGGGACAACUAAUGCAAGUGACUGUCCAAUCAGCAGAGGACGUGAAUUGUGGACGGAACACAGGUGUGGAAUUUUACACACGCAAGAGUCUCUCCAGCAGUGAUGGGGAGAUGACAUUAGGAGAAACAGUGGAGGAAGUCAUAGAGGAGAGUGAGUUUUAAAUCUAUUGCACUUGAUUUUGUCAUUGGCCAGUGCUUGUGAUUCAUUUUUGUACAAAAAUGUAAUUUGGAUCUAUAUUAUAAUCACUGUAAAUUGCUUCCUUUAUGUUUUUUAUACUUGUUGUUAUUGUAUGAAUGGCUGAAGAUUUUGAACUUAUUUGUAGUUCAUCUAAAUAUUACAUAAACUCAUAACAUGAGUUUACUGAGUCCUAUGCCGGUCUUAAAAUAUUGCCU